CACGGUCAACGGGAGAGGACGCUACUGCGCUCUCUAUGGCCUCGUUCAGUGGCUCUCCACCCAGCUUGAGGGAAUUUUUAUAAACCGGGAUUGAUUCCUUUGUGAAAAUUGUGUAACGACGGGCUUAUAUGUAUACGUGUGUGACUAUCUACUAACGUUCGUGUAAUUGAGGAACUUUUUUUUUAACGAGACGUUUUACUAACUUUGCAAAGUUUGACAAUGCAGCUUGUAAAGUUAUGAACGAAAACAACAUAAAUGGUGUGAAAUUAAAUAUUACAAAACAAAAAGUUCUUACUUGAAAUUGGACAGAAUAACAAGCAAAGUUUUCAUUCAGCUACCGACGUAGAAUUUCAAGGUGAAAACAAUUAACAAUCGGUGGAGAGAGACGUCAGGAUCGAGCCUAUGGCAUCCUAGCGUGUGUCAAGCGCCUAGUUGAGCCCCAGUUGAGCCUCAGUUGAGCCAACUUGGGCCCCAGAAGACAAAUGGGAAGUCUCCCGGAGUUGUGCCACACACGCGAACAUCUCAAACGGCCGUGAGGAUUACAAGGGGGUUCGUGUCGUGGUUGGUUCUACAAUAUAUAAAAGUUUAUGGCCAGCUAGAAACGUUCAAUAGGCCUAGGAGCAUGUGACCUUUGUAAAUCUGAGUGCAAAUUUGGGAAAGCAAACAUUCAAGACCGUGGACGGUAUAAUAUACCAGCAAAUCUAUGAAUGUGGGAUUUUGUGAUCCCUGCGACACGUUCCCAAGUCGUGAGUGCCUCAAGAGAAACUCUCAAGUGUGAGGGAGAAACUCUCAAGUGUGAGGGGGUGUAAGGGAGAUCUUACAAGCAUCUGACGAGGGUGUCUACCUUCUGGAGGCUCUUGGAGAGGUGUGAGUGCCUCACAGGAUGCCUGUAAUAGUGGUAUGAUACUCUCGCUGCCUCCUGACACAGCCCUGGAGAAUUAUGUCCACGUGGCGGGCAUGGCUGGGACCACUUGGGGCGACUCCGAGUGGGGAGACCUUACUGACUGUGAGUGUGGGGGGCCAUCGCCCCCCACCUUCAUGCUGCCUCCUCCGCCGCGGCCCCCGCCACCCCCUGACGCCCCCAACGAAGACCUGGGCGACUGCGAGGGCCCCUUCACCUGCCCUAGCCUGCUGGGGGCCCGCGAGGACCAGAGGCCCACCGCUGGCAGGGCCCCCAUGGCUGUUGUUAUUGUCUCGGCCGCCACACUGGUCGUCCUGGUCCUCGUAGCUGCCAUCAUUGUCUGCAGGCUGAGAGGUCGAGGCCGGACUCCAAAGGGCUGCACAGAGCUGAGCGGCGCCAUUAUCUACGACGAUCUGCCUUCCGCCCCGACCAUCGUGCCCGCCCGUACACGCCCACGAUUCAAGCCGGUGCCCAUUGACGGGGAAGAGAUGAUGGGCAUGACUAUGGGCGUGCACCUGUACACCCCCGAGCCCCGCAGUAACCCUCCUUCAGAGCACCUCUACCAAAGCAUCUCCUCAGGAAGCGAGACGUGCAGUUACAGCACCAGCGACGCAGCGGGGCAGGACGGCCGGGCUCUCCUGAGGCCGCCACACCCCAGGGGCGUGAGGGCCUCCACUACCCUAGCGGACACGGACAGCGAGGAAGAGCCCCUGGCUCCCAUCGGUAUCCUCGGGGAUCCCAGCGAUAAUGACACCCCAAGUAUGUCUCCGGCCCACUCCCGCUACUACUGCGCCAGUGCUCCACCUCUCACCUCCUCCCCGGGCUCCGACUACGAGAGCGUCUACUACGUUGGUGGCAUGCGACGCGGACGCCCCCCGACGCCACAGGAGAGGGGUCUGCCUCCUCUCCCAUCCCGCACCGAUAGGUUUAGAAUAUACUUCUCGGUGGACAGAGGACAACACCGGGCGCCCGGGAGGCGUGGCAGACGGCAGGGCCAUCAUCACCAUCACCCGAGGAACCCGCCGGAAGCGGAACCCCUUUACGAAAACCUCACUUAAAAUUGCACCAUUAGAUUAAGCACUAAUAAGGGACGUCUUGCAGCACCUUAGUCGGCCUCUGGUGGUCCUCUAGUGGCACUCUUACUCGUUUUGUAGAUCUUAGAUGAGCAGUCAUGACCACUUAAGCCAAUGGCUCAGUGCUCUCGUUGGAUUACAAGACCAUGAGAGUGUAAGGAGCAAUUGAUGCUUGGUGUGUGUGUUCGUAUGUGCAGUGCUCAGUUCCGUUUGAUCUCAGGUGUAGCGGAUCCUCUCCGCUGUAGCGGGCCCGACUGGACAGGUGUGUACGCCCGACUAAACAAUUGUGUUGGAAGAUCGUUCUGGUCUGCCGUAGAGUUAAAUAGGAAAGAUAUGUGACCCUUGGCCGCUUAACAGGUGAUAACUGGAAUAUUGAACUGGAAGCAAUUUUAUGGAAAUACGGUGACUACAUGACCUCAAGGUCUUCAUUAGUAUCAGAGGGACACGUUAACGUGUGAGAUGUCAAGCUGGCAGCGAGUGGUGACUCAUAUAUCACUCAACACUCAAGUUUUCAGUGCUUCGUUGCACACAGUUGGCAGAGCCUUCACUGCUCGGGUGGGCACCGCACCUAAACAAUCCUCUUAAGAAUCAAGACACGCUAGUGUUGCCAGGUGAGACUUUUAUUAGAGGAAAAAGUGUUUAAAGGUUGCUAAUAAGAGCGCAAUAGACAGCGUGAAGACUCUGGGCUAAGUGACUGGGUGGGAAGAGAUGUGACUAGUGUGUUGAUGUGGGAACUGUGUUUAGCGAGUCUGGCAAGACGUUCGCAUGACGCUCAGCUCUUCUCAAAACGGCAUUUUCUAAAUCACUUGAAGAUUUUUCAGUGAAUAUUAUAACUACAAAAUUUUUAAUUCAUUUGUAUUUCAAUAAUUGAAUCUGGCGCUACGUGUGUGUAACAUACAAAGUCAAAGAACAGAAGGAUAUUAUUUUGCUAGUUAUUUUUUUAUUAAUGCCAGCAAGUGUGACGUCUUGAACCCCUAGAUACAGUCCACACACUGACACGGCUUAAUAAAGCAAGACUAGGCUUCAGAAAUGGACCCGACAUGUAUGGUCUGUUAGUACGACUUGGGUGAGUACGGCUUCCUCGCCUUUAAAGAGUGCGUCCUGUCACACCUCGUGUCCGCUUGCUUGUCUGGACACUUGCUUUGUACCGUGUAUGUUGGAGGGAUUGAUGAGGAAAGACAUUACUAAGCAAGGCUGAAAAAUAUGCUGAAAACUUCCAGUCACAACGUCAGAAAAAUGUGCUCUUAAAAUCUCUGAACCUAAUGCAGAAUUAAUUUUUUUGUAAUGUUCCUUAAAACUGCAAAACAGAUGGGCAAUGCAUCACGCUUUAGAAAAACAAUGAAAUGUGUAAGUAAAACUCCAGGAAAACGAAGCCUUCUCAUUUGCAGGCAGUAAGGAAAUAUGUGCAAAGCUAUCAACAGAACACAGAGUUCCCUGCGAACUUGUCAACAAACCAAGGAAGGUUGCUGACACGCAGCAGCCAGUAACGCGUUUCAGAAGAUUGUGAAGAAUCCAGAACAAUUUGCUGACGCGUCCAAGGAUCUUGUAAGACAUCACAUGAGAAUGUGAGAGCUUAAGGCAACGUUUGAAACACACCGAAUAUUAGUUACGGUUAAGGGAUUUUUUAAUAUGCACAUGGAGUUUUUGCUUUAUUUUUAAAUUGCAAAAUAUAAAUGUUUAACAUAUAUUUAUGAGAAACCCAUGAUUGGGAAAGGGAGACUGUAAGAGUCAAAGAAAUCUUAAAAGUGCGAGGAAGUUGAUCCAGUAUACCCGGGACUGCCAAAAUACCCAAGAAUUUAGCACCAUUGAAGGGAAGGGAACUAUCAGGACACAGCGCCAUCACGACUAUAUAGCACUGGGAAGUGAUCAGGAUUUGGGAUGGGACGGGGGGGGGGUUAUAAUAUGUCUGAGAAUCUUUAAGAUUCCUCAGGGAGAUUUUAGGAUAGCCAAGGAGCAUAGGAAGUAGGGAAUGUUGAAUGAAACGUGACGUGUUUGGAGGUUGUGUAAAGGCGAACACACAUACAGUAGUUGGUGUCAUGUUGUCUUGAAGGUGCAAUCUAGUCCUUGACGUCCGAGCACAUGCUGACUUCACCCGUAUCACUCACUAGUUAAUAUAAUGUUACACACACACGCGCGUGCGCAACUGAUAUACUGUAUAUACCUAAACAGCAGCGUCAUUGUAAAGUUAUUGUCACUCAAGUAUAUCCAUCCAUCUGUAUUCACAUUUAUACAGAUAUACACACACUCAUGCAGGCGUUCACAAGCACACUAAAAUACAUCUGUGUGUGUACAGGCAACAUACACUUCUUUACUCACUCCCGUGAGCCCUGCAUUCCCACCCGUGGGCCCUGCUUGACACAUGCGGACCCUGCAUUCACACCGUUGGGCCCUGCAAUCACACCCGUGGGUCCUGCAUUCAUAUACCUUCAUUCAUAUAUUCUUUGCCAACUCAAAAUUCCGGCAACCCACAUCACCGUCGUAUUUUUAAAUUCUGUCCUAACUUAUGAGCUGAGUUUACCCCACACACCAAACAUCUCAACAAGUAUUUCCUUAAUUUUAAGUCCUGAAACACAAGAUACUUUAUAUUAUUUCACAGUGAUUUCCCUGUAAGUUUAGGCAAUAAUAAUUGUAAUGGAAGAACAUAUAAUUUUGAUUUUACGGGGAAAUGCAUUUAUAUCCAGCUCAUACUUUUGGGAAGAGUUUGAAAAAGUUUGAUCUUAGUUACUAUUCUUACAUAUCAGCGUUCAAACUUUCAGCCACUGUAUUGCCUAAUCUCUUCACACAUUCUUGACUUUACAUAACAAAGAACAUUGGUUUUAUUUUCAUAAAUUCUAUUCCUUUUACCUGAACAAUUAUCUAAAUCUUUGUUACUCAAAUCUUGUUUAAUCAAGAUUUAAAUUUAAUCUUUGUUUAAUCAAAUCUUUGUUGAACACUUUGUGAACUCCUCAAAGUAGAAUACGUUGUCUUAAGUUACUAUACUUAAGAGAUUCUGCCACUGUAAAAUGUUCCAGGAUCAUUGCCUAUCAGCCGUGAUUGGUGGCCUUAAUAAUCCUCCCGCGGUUGAUAGGCCUUACAAUCAACACUAGAAUCCACUGUCGGAAAAUCGCCAGUGACGCAUCGUUUGCGAGUUUGAGGAGGACUAUUGGUGAUAAUUACAAUUUACGUGUCAAGUUUUUGUCUUUUAAAUAAUUAUCAAAAGGCACCAAUGUAGCAAAGUUUCUGUCUAAGGCUCUUUUAAGUUGUUUAACUAAUUAUGAUCCUAAUCAAAAUUUUAGUUCAAGCAUAGACAAUUUGAGUUUCCAUUUAAAAAUAUUUUGUUUUCUAUUUGUAUGAAAAUGUGAAUUUUGUUUAAUGUCAACAUACCUUUGUGUUUACGGAUGUCAUAUUCCGAUUAUUUGUUAAAAUCUCCAACAAUUUAUAUGUCCUCUGUUUACUCCCAUUUUCCUUGUGCUGAUCUUUAUCUAAAUAUCUUUGUACGGUAUUCAUAAACACAUUCAAUCGCCGAUGCACCAUUCUCCUCCCCGUCACUCACCAACAGUUUACCUCCAUUAACAUUGCUUCUGUCUCGAUUACUCUUCUUUCCAUAUCCAACUUCCCAUCUUCUCUCACAUGGCAACACCCUAUUUUCUUUUAUUCCAAAAGAUUGAUUUGUUGUCGUACUAACUAGUCAUCAUAAUGUCUAUAAUUUGUUUCAUUACUCAUAAAUAAUGAUAAAUUUUGUUUUUAUGUUACAUUAUUUUUUAUUAAAGCGGUGAGUGCUCAAUGUGAUAUACUUAUAUAUUAAUAUGUUUUAUAAGAAUCUAUUGUAUUAUUCAGACA